UGAUGUUUCACUCAAAGCAUCACUCUCUUACAAGAGCUCUUCUCUUCUUCCUCAGCCACAUCCCCCCUCUUCCAUCGCUAUCCACAAAAUCUUACCUUCUUCUUCUUCGGCCACAAGCACGCCGCCACUCAACCACCUCCACUCCCGAUGACCACCACUCUUUCACUGUCUCCUACCUCACCACCAAGUGCGGCUUCUCCCAUGAAGACGCUCUCAGAGCAAACAAGCGCGUUCGCUUUGACACCCCCGUCAAGCCAGAUUCCGUCAUCUCCUUCUUCAAAGCCCACGGUUUCUCACUCUCCCAAAUCACCACCAUCAUGUGCAAGAUUCCCGUGGUACUCACAUAUGACCCCACCAAAGCGAUCUUGCCAAAGUUUCAAUUUUUGGCAUCCAAAGGUGCUUCUCCCUCUGACAUUGUACUCAUGACCACAAAGAGUCCCGGCUUCCUGCUUCGAAGCCUUAACCAUAUAGUAUCCUUCUACGAAUUGGUAAGGAGGUUCUCUCCCUCUGAUCUUAAAGCCAUUGCUUAUCUAACUGGAUGCCCAUCAUCCAUUCCUGAUGUUCGUGUGCCUCAAAAUGUGAAAAUGCUGCUUGAUGAAGGGUUGACCAAUGCCAACAUUCACCAUUUGCUUAGAACUAGGCCUUCUGUGCUGUCCUCUGCUGAUUUGAAGAAAACAGUUGAGGAAGUGAAGCAAUUGGGGUUUGAUCCUUCACAGUCUUAUUUCGGUGUGGUGUUGCUGGCCAAAAAGUCCGUAACUAAGUCCCAAUGGGAUGCUAAAGUUGAUGUCCUUAAGAAAUGGGGCUGGUCCGAACAAGAUUUUUCGGAGGCCUUUAAGAGGCACCCUCAGUUUAUGCUACGUUCCGAGGACAAACUCAAUGCAGUGAUGAGCUUUUGGAUCAGUAAUCUCGGCUGGGAUUCUUCGGCAUUUCGCAUUAGACCGAUGCUUUUUGGAUACAGUUUGGAGAAGAGGCUUAUUCCUAGAGCUAAGGUUGUCAAAUAUCUUCUCUCCAAUGGUUUGAUGAAGAAGAAUGCUAGCAUAAUCACACCGUUUUCUUUGACUGAGGAGCUGUUCCUCAAGAGGUGUAUCACAUGUUUUGAGGAGAAAGAUAGGUCUCGCCUAUUAACACUAUAUCAGGGAGGGUGUUAGCAUUUUUUGAGUUAGUCAACUCUUGAUCCCAAAUUUUGUGUUAAGCAAUCUUUUGUUUCUUCAUGUCACUUUAGUCUAUGUUGGAUACUAAUUUGAUUGAACCGUCUCAUUUGCUUGGCUGAAAGCUUUUUAGAUUUUACUCAUAGAUCUUACCUGAAUCAGUUACUUGAUUGUUCAUAAGUAAUUGAUCAAGGGGUAUAAAUGGUUUUGUGCUCAGAGAUAACUUUGUACACCAUGCUUGUUUGUUGGUUUUGUUGUGUAUUCUUGUUCAAAGAAGUGGACUUGUUCAAAGGAAUUACGGAAUUGAAUCUUGUUUGAAUUCCUAACAAAAUUUGCCUGUACAAAACCAGAGCAAGCAGUUUGUUUUAGCCAUAGUAAAUUGACAUGGCCCCGACCCCUCUCUCCCCUCAAAAAAGUAAAAACAUAUAGGAACAUAUUUAUAGAAAUUUCAAACCUGGCAGGUGGUAGCUAAGAAAUUAUUGAGCGUAGGUGUUUCCUUGCAAUAUGGUGUGUGGAUAUAAAUCAAAGACUUCAGUCAACUCUGAUUAAUUUCAAGGUGAGUGUUGUGAGUGUGUGCACUGUGACUCCAUAUCAAGGUUUGCUCUUUCUCUCAUGCUCCCAAUCCACAAUUGCAUCAACCUUCCCCGAUUUCUAUUUUGUACCAAAUGGAAUUGCAUUGAGCAAUUGCCCUCACCAUUUGUUCUUUGCAGCUUUUGUUUCAAAUCCACAGCUUGCCAUCUUCAUCUUCAUGUCGACGAGUGAGCGGAAGAUCAUCGACCUGGAGCAGGGAUGGGACUUCAUGCAGAAGGGCAUCACCAGGCUCAAGAAUAUUCUAGAAGGCUUGCCUGAACCUCACUUCAGCUCCGAGGACUACAUCAUGCUUUACACAACCAUCUAUACCAUGUGCACCCAAAAGCCUCCUCAUGACUAUUCCCAACAACUCUAUGACAAGUACGAAGGAAGUAUUUGAAGAGUACAUCCAAUCAACGGUAUUACCUUCUUUGAGAGAGAAGCAUGAUGAAUUUAUGUUGAGAGAACUUGUAAAGAGGUGGGCAAACCAUAAAAUUAUGGUUGGUUGGCUUUGUCGUUUCUUUCGCUAUUUGGAAACCUCCAUUGUUGCCCCGCGGUCACUCCCACCCCUUAAUGAAGUUGGCUUAACUUGCUUCUAUGAUUGGGUUUACAAGGAGCUAAAUGGGAAAGUUAGAGAUGCAGUUAUUUCUAUUAUUGAUCAAGAACGUGAAGGAGAGCAGAUUGAUCGGACUUUAUUAAAGAAUGUAUAAUUUGUUGAAAUUGGGAUGGGGAAAAUGGAUCACUAUGAGAAUGAUUUUGAAUCUGCAAUGCUUAAAGACACCUCUGCUUAUUACUCUCAAAAGGCUUCUAAUUGGAUCCUAGAAGAUUCUUGUCCUGACAUGCUCAAGGCUGAGGAGUGCUUAAAACGGGAGAAAGAUAGAGUUGCUCAGUAUUUGCACUCCAGUAGCGAGCCAAAGUUGUUAGAGAAAGUUCAACAUGAGCUGCUAUCCGUGUACGCAAACCAACUCCUCCAGAAAGAGCACUCUGGAUGUCAUGCUUUGCUUAGAGAUGGCAAGGUUGAAGAUCUGUCACGGAUGUUCAGGCUGUUUUCUAAAAUACCUGAAGGCUUAGAUCCUGUUUCCAGUAUAUUUAAGCAGCAUGUUACCACUGAGGGUAUGGUAUUGGUUAAGCAGGCUGAAGAUGCAGCUAGUACCAAAAGGGCAGAGGAAACUGAAGCUGGUCUGGUUGUUCAGGAUUUUUUUCCAGAAAGUGAUUGAACUGCGUGACAAGUACCUGUCAUAUGUAAAUGACUGUUUCCAGAAUCAUACUAUACUCUCUUCCAAAGGGUGUUGCUCAGAAAUUGACUUUACUUACAAUUGGACGCCCUUCUGGCCAACCGGUUGCCAACUUGAACGCCCAAAUUCAACUUCCGGUGCCCGGCAGACGCCCCUGCUUGUGCUCCACCUGCUUAGUUUUCUUUAUUCUUGUCUAUUUAUUUGUAAGGUAAAGUAUGUUUUUUUUUAACUUCACGUUUGCAAUUUUUUUUAAAUAUCCUCAACGUUUUCAAUUUUGUCUCUCAAAUUUUAGAUUGGGUUAACAAUUAGGGAUAGUUUUGACCCAAAUAAAAAAUGUUAGGGAUAAAAUUGAAUGAAAUUAAACGUUAAAGGUAUUCUUAAAGAAAAUCACAAACAGUAGGAAGAAAAAACAUAUUUUAUCCUUUGUGUGUCAUAUCCUUAAGACUUUGGGAUGAUCCCAAGAAGAAAUUAUGGAUCCAAAGCUUAGUAUGUUUGGAUUAAAGUUUGUAGAGGAAUGUUAGU